AUGUCUGAAUCACCAUUAAUCACUCCAUUAUUACAACAAUACCAAGUGGAAUUAUAGGCAAAGUUGAAUGAAUGCUUUGAAAACAACGAAGUCAAGGGAAUGCUCCAUCUCAUAGAUCAAUUGGGACAGGAUAUAAGGGAUGAGCCACAACUCCAAGAUUUGCUGAAUCUACCAUUAUUGCGAAAAUUGAUGAAGCAUCUCUCCUCCACCAAUCCCCAACAAGUAAAGAAUUCCAUCGUAAUACUGGACGCAAUAAUGCAGCGAAAAAUCAUAGCCAACAGACUUCUCCAUCAAAGAGGUGCCGAAAGAACCAUGGUGGAUCUAGCAAAUAGUUUAUUGAACUUACAAUAAUAAUUGCGGCAUACCUCCUUAGAAAUGCACAUCAACGAGCUCCUUGUCGGUUUAUAAGUAAAAUACGUCGACAAGAAACAGACAGACUUAAGUAAAUUGAAAUCGGCCUUGAAGCAAUUCCAAGAUAACAAAGAUCUUUUCAUAACUCAAUUAGAGAUGCUCUUUUCCGAUUGUGAUAGCAUCAUUGAUCAAUAUAUUCUAUUCGGAAGUCCUCUUCAAGAACUUAUUUAUGAAUAUCUAUUAAUGAUUAGAUAGAUGGAAGAAAAACAAUAGGUGAACUACUUGACUCAACUUUUAGGUAUUUAUGAAAGGUACAUUUUGGAUGUGCAAUUUACAAUACACGAAAUGCAAUAACGAACCUACUACAUCAAAAUAGUGAAGUAAAUGAUCCUACAUGAGAUAUCCAACAUAUAUAAAAGUCUAGCUCAGCUCUUAAAUAUGAUUCUUGUGUUGCCAGAAGAAAUUGGACUAUAAAAGAGAACCUACAUGAUGAUUAAAGUCUUGUAUAAAUAUGUCCCAGAUCUGAGAAUAGCUUUGAAGGGACCAAUACAAGUGGUGAUGCGCAAUCUCUCUUUGUUUUUAAGCAAGGAUGCCCAAGAAAACAAGGAAAUCACUGUCUUCUUGUAUCAACUGAUUCAUUCAUCAGAUUAUGAUGAGAAAUUCAAGUAAUCUCUUCUUGAUGACGAAGAUCUUGCAUAUCUGAGAGAAAAUAAGUAAGCAUAUGUUAUAAUUUUCAUAGAUAUUUCUCUGUUAAAGCUCUAAGCUAUGUGGAUGAGUCUUAAAGUAUUUCAUCUAUAAAACAAUUGAACAUUCAAGUAGCCUACCUUUGUUAUACCGUCAUUUAAGCUGCAUCCAUCUAUUGCUAUUCAUUCAUAGUAGAUAAACCGAAUUCGCUCAUUUUUUGGAGUUUCAGAACACUAAAUUAUGAUGUCUCUUUUGGACUCUUUCAAUUACAAACAAUCGAGGACUUAGGUAUCAUAGAUUAUGUGAAUGAGAGAAAUGGAGUUAAGUCAUUGAUCAAACUACAAAGAAUUGAAUCUCAUAAGCAGCCACUCACUGGAGUCACAGUUAUAUCAAAUCCAGGACUAUAUAGAAUUGUAUUUGAUAAUAGUUACAGUUAUCUGAGAUCCAAAUAGUUGUUUUAUGGUAUACAUUUGCUAGAAACUAAAUGA